ACUGCAGAGAGCUGAGACACCAUGCACAGGGGCCGGGGGCUGCUUCUUCUCCUUCUGCUGGGGGCCGCCUGCCUGGGGUCCUGGGGCCGGAACCAGGAGGAACGCCUGCUUGCAGACCUGAUGCGUGACUACAACCCCCAGCUGCGGCCUGCUGAGCGUGACUCAGACGUGGUCAAUGUCAGCCUGAAGCUCACCCUCACCAACCUCAUCUCCCUGAAUGAACGAGAGGAGGCCCUCACCACUAACGUCUGGAUAGAGAUGCAGUGGUGUGACUACCGCCUGCGCUGGGAUCCACAAGACUACGACGGCCUGUGGGUGCUGAGGGUGCCUUCUACCAUGGUGUGGCGGCCAGACAUCGUGCUGGAAAACAACGUGGAUGGUGUCUUCGAGGUGGCCCUUUACUGCAAUGUGCUUGUGUCCCCUGAUGGCUGCAUCUACUGGCUGCCACCUGCCAUCUUCCGCUCCUCCUGCUCCAUCUCAGUCACCUACUUCCCAUUCGACUGGCAGAACUGCUCUCUUGUCUUCCAGUCGCAGACCUAUGGCACCAAUGAGAUUGAUCUGCAGUUGAGUCAGGAAGAUGGCCAGACCAUCGAAUGGAUUUUCAUUGACCCUGAGGCUUUCACAGAGAAUGGGGAGUGGGCCAUCCGGCACCGGCCAGCCAAGAUGCUGCUUGACACAGCAGCCCCAGCAGAGGAGGCGGGCCCCCAGAAGGUGGUGUUCUACCUGCUCAUCCAGCGCAAGCCCCUCUUCUACAUCAUCAACAUCAUCACCCCCUGUGUGCUCAUCUCCUCUGUGGCCAUCCUCAUCUACUUCCUUCCUGCCAAAGCUGGAGGUCAGAAGUGUACUGUCGCCAUCAACGUGCUCCUGGCCCAGACUGUCUUCCUCUUCCUUGUGGCCAAGAAGGUGCCUGAGACCUCCCAGGCAGUGCCACUCAUCAGCAAAUACCUGACCUUCCUCUUGGUGGUGACCAUCCUUAUCGUCGUGAAUGCUGUGGUGGUGCUCAAUGUGUCCUUGCGGUCCCCCCACACACACUCCAUGGCCCAAGGGGUCCGAAAGGUGUUCCUGGGGCUCCUGCCCCAGCUGCUGCGGAUGCAUGUUCGCCUGCUGGCCCCAGCAGCUGUGCAGGUCACCCAGUCCAGGCUACAGAAUGGCUUUUCCUCAGGGUGGUCAAUCACAACUGGAGAGGAAGUAGCCCUCUGCCUGCCUCGCAGUGAACUCCUCUUCCAGCAGAGGCAGCAUCACAGGCUGGUGAGGGCAGCACUGGAGAAAAUAGAGAAAGGCCCGGAGACUGGGCAGAGCCAGGAGUUCUGUGGCAGCCUGAAGCAGGCCGCCCCGGCCAUCCAGGCCUGUGUACAAGCCUGCAACCUCAUUGCCCGUGCCCGGCACCAGCAGAGUCACUUUGACAGUGGAAACGAGGAAUGGUUCUUGAUAGGUCGCGUGCUGGACCGUGUCUGCUUCUUAGCCAUGCUCUCGCUCUUCAUCUGUGGUACUACUGGCAUCUUCCUCAUGGCCCACUACAACCAGGUACCCACCCUGCCAUUCCCUGGAGACCCUCGCCCCUAUCUGCCCUCGCCAGACUGA